UCCUGUUGGAGAGUCAGGCUGCACCCGAAUCCAACGCAAAGGGACAUGUGGAACAUAAGGACAACGUCAAAGCAGUGAAUUUCAUAAAGGAUUGGAUGUACUGCAGAAGCCCGGCUACGAGUGCGUUAGCGCUGAUGUGCAUCCUGUCACAGCUGCGCGGCGGCCUACCCGAACAAACCUUUCGGGAACUAAAAACCAUCUAUGUACACACAUACGGCUUCGAGCAUGUACUAACAUUCCGUAAGCUGGAGACCCUCGGCAUUUUCAACCGGAUGAACGACAGAGACGCCAAGGAGUGCAUAUACAGUGGAUCACUGCUUGUACGUGCAGUGGACAAUGCUAUCAUGGGCCUACCUGUGGGAGAAGGCAUUGAUCUCCACACCAGCGAUCGCACCUACGAUCGGUCGUUCGAGGCGGAGCAUUCGCUCAAGGAUUUCAGUAGUCGUUAUGCACAGUACAACAGUGAAGCCAAUGGAGACCUUAAGAGAAGCACCUCAACCUCUUCAGAUGAGGGCCAGGACACUGGGGGCAAUGUGCAGCGACAGGAUGCUAUUGUGGUGGUCGUCCUGGGUGGUAUUACGAGUGACGAGCUACAGAAUAUACGGACUCGUGCGCUCAUGCACAGUAUGUAG